UAAAAAAGGAGCUUCAUUGGUCGCGGAGCUCCCUCGUGUUUGUUCUCUGAGCAAUUCGGGUCGAAUUAUUCUCCUCAACUUCUUAGAAUCGGGUCAAAAGUUUGAAGCGAAGACAACUCGAGUAAUCGGGUUUGUUGAGAGUUUAAGCUUUAAACAAGAUGAGUGGUCCAAAGAAGAGGACGUUUCAAAUAGAGGCGUCCAAGCACCAGGUCGUGGUGGAUCCGAAGUACGCAGAGAAGACAUGGAAGAUUUUGGAGCAUGCGAUUCACGAGAUUUACAAUCACAACGAUAGUGGACUAAACAUGGAAGAGCUUUAUAGGAAUGCUUACAAUAUGGUGCUGCACAAAUUCGGUGAGAAACUAUACUCUGGACUUGUGACCACAAUGACUUUUCAUCUAACAGAAAUAUGCAAAUCAAUUGAAGCUGCUCAAGGGGGGCUAUUCUUGGAAGAGCUGAAUAGAAAAUGGGCAGAUCAUAACAAGGCAUUGCAAAUGAUUAGAAACAUAUUUAUGUACAUGGAUAGGACUUUCAUCCCAAGCACCCACAAGACUCCAGUACAUGAGCUAGGGUUGAAUCUGUGGAGGGAUGUUGUUAUUCACUCCAGCAAAAUCCAGACUAGUCUUCAGGAUACACUUCUUGAACUUGUACGGAGAGAAAGGAGUGGUGAAGUUAUUAACAGGGGCUUGAUGAGAAAUAUUACAAAGAUGCUCAUGGAUUUAGGUUCUGUUGUUUACCAGGAUGAUUUUGAGAAGCAUUUUCUUGAGGUUUCGGCUGAUUUUUACCGUCUUGAAUCUCAGGAGUUCAUUGAGUCUUGUGAUUGUGGGGAGUACCUAAAGAAAGCUGAAAGACGUCUAAAUGAAGAAAUUGAGAGAGUGUCUCAUUACUUGGAUGUAAAAAGUGAAAGCAAAAUAACUAAUGUGGUGGAAAGUGAAAUGAUUGAAAGUCACAUGCAAAGAUUAGUUCAUAUGGAGAACUCUGGCAUUGUUAAUAUGCUUGCAGAUGACAAAUAUGAGGACCUGGGAAGGAUUUAUUCUUUAUUCCGCUGGGUUCCAAGCGGUCUUAUAUUAAUAAGAGAUGUCAUGACUUCAUACAUUCGUGAUUCUGGUAAGCAGCUAGUUAUUGAUCCAGAAAGAUUAAAGGAUCCUGUAGAUUUUGUGCAACGUCUUUUGGAUUUAAAGGAUAAGUAUGACAAGAUUAUCAGUACAGCAUUUGACAAUGACAAGACAUUCCAAAAUGCUUUAAAUUCGUCUUUUGAGUACUUCAUUAACCUGAAUUCUCGGUCUCCUGAAUUUAUUUCUUUGUUUGUGGAUGACAAGCUCCGAAAAGGACUGAGAGGGGUUAGUGAGGAGGAUGUAGAGAAUGUACUUGAUAAAGUCAUGAUGCUCUUCCGUUACCUCCAGGAGAAAGAUAUAUUUGAGAAGUACUAUGAGCAACACUUAGCCAAGAGGCUUCUUGCAGGAAAACAGUCUGAUGAUGCAGAAAGAAGUCUGAUUGUUAAACUCAAAACAGAGUGUGGAUAUCAAUUCACUUCAAAGUUGGAGGGUAUACUCACUGAUAUGAAGACAUCCCAGGAUACAAUGCAAGGUGAUGACAAGUUGUUGCAUGGAGAUGAUGAGUGGGAGUAACCGGCAAUAAGCUGAACAUGGGUGUGAAGAAUAUUUCUAUGAGGCGACGCUGUAAAGCGGUCGACAGAAAAUUAAGAGAAGAAACAAAGAUGUAUGUGCAGAACCCAGGGGAAGAGAAGAAGAGUAAAUGACGCUUUCCAUUAUGUUCAUGGCUAUUUGAAUUAGGCUAAUUACAAACGAGCAUAGUACAUCAGUAGAAUGAACUUACGUGAAGAAAAGGGUUUGCAUAUGGUUACUGUCGUAUGUUAUGUAAGGAUGAUAUUGUUCUGUUUCACUUUGAUCUCCAUUUCAGGUUUAAUAGGAUAUCAAAUUUCUGGAAAUAUGGUCUUACGAUUCUUCCUUUAUGUUAUAUCAUAUAUUCAGCAUACUUUUGUAAAUUUUUAAAAUUUUAUGUUACAUGGAGUUGCAAUA